GCCGUUCUUUCUUUCUUUCUCUCUUUGUGUUUUUUUCUCUCUCCUCGGCGUGUCCAUGAAGAAGUAUGCCCCUGGUAUAAAUCUUCAACAUUUUUUGGGCUGUAUAUAAUCAUGUAAUUAUGCUUGUGUAUUCUUCCUGAUGGGGCCGUCAUCCAACUCGCACAGCGGCGUCGAGGACCAUGACAGCGGCGCGCAGCAGAGCACAGGAUGUAAGGCCCAAGGGAAAUCGGUGAUGAAGACCAAGUUGGGUGGAAGCGAGAUAAUUAAAUGUAAGGAUGACUUGUUCUUCAGCCUAGUAGAUGGCUCAGAUAAUUAUUAGAUGCCCUACAGGACACCAAUGAAUUGAUGACCCUCUUCGAAUUCCUCUCCUCUGGUACUUAGGAGUGCCAUACUCCUUCCUCCAGUGA